AUUCCCUGUCAUUACUCGAUGCAUACCGAACUGAUCUCAAUAUUUCAUUUAAGUUACAUGCGUGUUUGCUUGUGACUUAUGAAGAGACAUCAUGCUGUACCUGCCUAAAUAACGUUUUCGGUAAUGCUGCUAUAUUACAGCUGUAAUAUAAAUAAGUUAUGUCUAGUGAUGUGAUAUGUCUGCGCGUUCAUGAUAAAGUACUCGCCCUUUGUAAAUGUAUUUCGGUGAGUUACAUUUAUGCUUGCUUCAAGUUACACUCUUCUCGUAUUGCUGACUCGAAGGAUUUCUUUUAAAAAAAUUCGUCAUCAAUUGUCAUGUGCCAGGUGCCUAGAAAGCAGCUGGCAAGAUGGGCAAGUUGUUGUCAAAGAUCUUUGGCAACAAGGAGAUGCGAAUCCUUAUGCUAGGAUUGGAUGCUGCUGGGAAAACUACGAUACUAUAUAAACUUAAACUAGGACAGUCUGUAACAACUAUACCAACUGUAGGAUUCAAUGUAGAGACAGUUACCUAUAAAAAUGUUAAGUUCAAUGUUUGGGAUGUUGGUGGACAAGAUAAAAUACGUCCACUUUGGCGUCAUUAUUAUACUGGAACACAAGGACUUAUUUUCGUAGUAGAUUGUGCUGACAGAGAUCGAAUAGAUGAAGCCCGUCAGGAGCUUCAUCGAAUUAUAAAUGAUAGAGAAAUGCGAGAUGCCAUUAUUUUAAUCUUUGCAAAUAAACAAGAUCUUCCAGAUGCAAUGAAACCACAUGAAAUACAAGAAAAACUGGGUUUAACUAGGAUACGAGAUAGAAAUUGGUAUGUGCAGCCAUCAUGUGCCACAACUGGAGAUGGGCUUUAUGAAGGCCUUACAUGGUUGACCAGUAAUCAUAAAUUAUGAGCAAAUAUUUAUUUUUCAUCAGUUAGCCACAUACCAAGAUGUACGUUUGCUUUGUAUUGUCAUUUUUAUUUAUCAUGUAGAGGCUCUGUAACAAAACUGAUAAUGAUCAUUAUGAUCCAUAAGACAGAGAGCGAAAGAGAGAGAGAGAGAGAGAGAGAGAGAGCGAGCGAGAGAGAGAGAGAGAGAGAGAGAGAGAGAGGAAAUCAUUUCCAAUAUACUACAGCAAACGUAAAGUAACCAUUAACAUCAAAUGGUGCGUUUCAGUAAUAUUAAUACUAUAUAAAUAGAAAUUUAUCAAAGUACCAAAAGAUAUAGACUUUGUUACUAACUGUUUACUAAAGUCCGUGAAAAUAGUUAAUACAACAAUAUUGAUUAGAUUAUCACAUCCAACAUUUUACUAUAAUUUAUAUAUAUAUUUGCGUACAUAUCCCGCAUUACGGGAUACUAAUUAUAAGAGAAUACAAAAAGUUGUAAGAGCUACUUAUGAGAUUAAGAGAUACAUUCAGAAAAAGUAUCUUUACAAUUUGAAAUUAUCAUUUAUGCAAUAGUUAAUUUAAAAUAUCGUCCAGAAUAAUUGGACAUAACAUUCAUUCAUCACUGGUUGUUAUCCAUGCUAUGUAAUAUGUAUCACACAUGAUAUUUAUACAUAUAAUCCCACUGAUAUAUGUGAGUAAACAUUCAAAGCACUUACAUUAAUGACUUUAUACAGCACAGAAAUAUUCCUUUGAUAAAUUUUUGCUAUCAAUCUCAUUUUUAAAAAAUAUUCAUAGUGACAGUCAGUUCUUUUUUUUUCUUUUUUUAAUAAUCGUCUUCCAUUUGAGUCAACUUUUUAUGCAUAUCAGUCGACUUUUCUUUUUUCGAAAAAGAUGAAAAGGAGAAAAAAGGUGCAACUUCUGACAUUGUGUAUUUUUUUGUGCUUUAACUUCGAUUGAAACGCAUUAGAUGUACAAACGUACACUUAUACAUACAUAAAUGGAGUUGUUCUGUACGCACAAAUGGUAAGCUACUGGGUUUGAUAUCAUGAGCUCAAAAGAAAGAGAGAGAAAAAGGA